AUGCCUGGAGAUGCUGCAGACACUGAGGAGAGGUGUCUGAAUGUCAGCGAUGCGCUGGGCUACCUCGAUGCUGUGAAAGCGCAGUUAUAUGAUCACCCCGAGUCAUACCACGAGUUUUUGGAUAUUAUGCAGAAUUUCAGGAGUCAGACUAUAGACGUUACCGUCGUGGUUCAACGCGUGUCUUCGCUCUUCCGCGGCUACCCCGCCCUUAUCCAAGGCUUCAACGUGUUCUUGCCACCAGGAUAUCGCAUCGAAUGCGGUAACAGCUCGCAGGUGACAAAUGUCAUUACGGUCACCAACCUUGGAGGGCCGACUACUUGCUCUGUGGCCAGUGAUAUGGAAGUUGAUGUCUAUGACGAAAAUUGUCUUGCUGGUGGGUGUGCUAGGCGGUGA